AUGGCGGCACACUUGCAGCUUCGAUUCCUGGGCACUUCCAGCGCUGCCAGCCCUUCUCGUAAUGUCUCCAGGUGAGCGAUGAACGCGCACGAGGGCGGCUAGACGUCGACACGGGCGCACAACGUAGCUGAAUCGUCUUCUCAUCGAUGUGUCCCGCUCAGCAUGCUUGUUCGCAUCGGUCAGCAGACGGUGAUGAUGUGAGCACCUCUUAGUGUGCCUCGAUGCGCGCUCGCCACAAUCAGCUCAUGAUGUUACCGCGAUGAACGCCGACGGCUUUUUCAGAGACUGUGGAGACGGAACGCAUCGACAAUUGCUGGAUCGUAGGUUGGGGAAUCAAGACAUCAAGCUCUCUUCUCUCCGACACAUUCUAAUUACCCACCUGCACGCGGAUCGUGAGUCUGGCACUCUGGUCGAGCUCGCUCAACAGACGGAGUCUGACAUUUGCGACUUGCAGACGUGCUCGGACUCGUCCCACUCAUCAUGGCUAUCAUGGGUCCGCCUGCGCCUGACCAAGGCGGUGGCGGCGUCACCGCUACCACGUCCGCAGAACCAGCUUCCCGAAACGUGAGUCCAAGGCGCUUCAGCGAUCAAGAAACACGUGAUGAGGUCGCUAACAUCUUCAGGACCUCCUCAAAGCCUCGCCUAGAGAUAUACGGCCCGUGCGGCUUAAGAUCAUUGAUUCGCACCACGCUCAUGAUGACUUACGCCAAUCUUUCGCUGCCCUAUGUCGUGCACGAGCUGCUUUGGCCUCAUGAGUACGCCACAGCCCAUGCGCCAUCUGCAGACGCGCCAUUGCCAAGCUUCAAUGUCGAGCACAAUGCGUCGGGACAGUUAUCGGAACAGUUCAUUGGAGCUGUUCAAGGACCUGCUCGAUGUGUUCCUGUAGUCCCGCCAGGAGAGAUGGAGUUGCCUGGUAUGGACUUUCGACUUGACGAAGCAAGCGCGUGAGUCGCUUUGCAAGCAACUCUUCCGCUUGCCCGUAUGCUGAUUCAUGAUACCUUUGCAGGACUUGGCCCGACUUUCUUCAAAUCGGAGGGCAAAUGGUCAGCGCCGCACCCUUGCUGCAUCGCUGUCCUUGCGUAGGCUACGUCUUCAGAGAACUACCAGUAGCUACGCCAUUGGAUCCCUCGAUUCCAGCGCUCAUCAAUUCGCAGGCCGAUGCCCUGUACAAGAAAAGGGGCAUCCGUCAUCCACUGUCCCUUUUGGGCAGGUUAGUCAAGUCUCGCGAGUCGGUAGAGCUCCCUGACGGCACUUUACUCCAGCCGCCUGAGCUUUACGACACCGGCAGGAAGGUGGUUAUUCUGGGCGACACGUUUGAUGCGACGGGGGGACUUGCGGACCGGACUGUGGAGAGCCCAGAUGUGGAUGAGGAUGGGACCCGGUCUAAAUGGCUGAGGGGUAUGGUCGGGCUCGCGAUGGACGCGUCGGUCUUGGUGCACGAAUCCACCAAUAUCGCUUUGCCCGCAUCCUUGACUAGCAGCAAAUCCAUCGACUCCCGCGAAGCGGUCCGAGCCAAGGCCAUCUUGAGGGGUCAUUCCACUCCUCAAGUAGCCGGAAGCUUUGCAGGCAAGAUCCGCGCUAGACAUCUCCUCAUGAAUCAUUUCAGUGUCAGAUUUCCCGCUCCAACGGACGCUAGACUCUUGGAAGGAGCGGACGACAGCGGGAGAAGCCAGGUGAAUGUGGAAAGAACGGCAGUAAUGCAAGAAUUUGAGGACCAAGCGGUGAGUUUUGUCCUCUCGCUCAGGGCGCUGCUGCAUCUCAUGUUGGCUGGCUCUGAUGCCUGCUCACCCCUCUCGUCAGACCGAAGCUUGGCUUCACGCCUUAGGCGAGCACGCAGGCGAUGUCCAGCCGAGCAGAGCAAUAGCAACAUAUGACGGCUGCGUAUUUGACGUUCCACCACCAUUGCAGGAGCAAAUGGAGCAAGCAGGCCGCUCUAGCCCUCUGCCCUCCUCGGAUCGUCAUUCGAGCGCGUUCAACAAACACGGACGUGCACCUCGGGGUCCGCCUCGUCGACAGGAAUCUUCAGCCACGCUGGCGAGUCAGCAUCAAGAUGCGCACGAGCAGCAAGACGGAAGGAGUAGCUCAAUGAGCGUCGGCCAUCCUUAUGCGUCGGCUAGAAGGUCGACGAGAGGGCGCGGGAGGGGCCAAAAUCAUGACUCUAGAAGACACACGAGGGAUGUCUUGGAAGGUCACGUGCGUGAUCCCGAUAACUAG